CUUAAGCAAUAACUAAGUCAACUACGUACAUAACUUAUCCAGCACCGAAGAGAUCGACGCCCCCCUCUCAAGCCACAUGGCAUAUGUUGACCUACCCUGCUACCUACCUUACAUUGUGCGUGCGACAGGUUUGCACCGCCACAUAUUGACGUCGUCACCUCACUGGCUCAUCUCGGCUCUCAUUCUCCCUCUUCACUGCAGUCAAAGACAUGCAAAGCUCUCGGGAGCUCUCAGCUGCGUCCGGGAAAAGCCGACUCUCCUCUCGCUGAAUGCUUAGCCCUCUCACACACUCCCAGCACUCUCCCAGCUCCAACAAGUCCGGAGCACAGUAUUCUCUUGCUGCAAUGGCCGUAAACAACUCCUUCGGAGGCAAUGAUGUGAGUCUGCCAUUCUCUUUUGUUUUUGUUUUUGUUCUUGUUCUUCCUUUUCCUUUUCUCCUCUAGUACAACAGUCCCUCCCCGGUUCCUCGACUUCAAUGGCUGAUUGCGGAACCCCCUCCGAAAAACAGGCCUUCGAGAGCACCCUCCGGCGGGAGACGGCUUCGGUCGACCAGAAGCUGGCGGCAGAGCGAGAACAGGCACAGGCACAAGCACGAAACGCCGACUUGUUGCAAUCAAAUGGCACCCUUCCCGUCUCCAUUUCCUCCAUCCAGGUUCACGGCGCAAAGAACACUCGGAGGUCCUUCCUGAACCCCCUCUUCCAGCCGCUCGUCGACCAGAGCAGGAACACGGGCUACACACUGGUUGAGAUGCUGGACGAGGUCAGCAAAGUAGUCGGCAAGCUCCAAAAGUUCGACAUCUUCCACGACCAAAUACACGUCCACCUCUCCCAGCCUCAGCAGACCGACCCUUCCACUUCUCCCACCGAUUACGAUGUCGCCCUGCGAGUCCGCGAAAAGUCAAAGGUCUUCCUGAAGACCGGCACAGAUCUGGGCAACACGGAAGGCUCCGCAUAUGGCACCAUGCACUUGCGGAACCUGUUUGGCGGAGCAGAGUCCUUGGCACUCAACGCAUCUACCGGUACGAGAACACGGUCUGCGUAUAGUGCUGAAUUCAGUACCCCCGUUCUCAGCAACCCUGAUCUGCGACUCAGCUUCGAAGGUCUAGCGAGCAGCACGCACAAGCCGUGGGCAAGCCACGAGGAGGCUGUCAAGGGUGGAGGUGCCAAACUCAACUGGCUGAGUCCUGCCGGCGACAAGUAUCAGGUCGGCUACACUGGCGCCUGGCGCCAAGUCACUGGUCUCGGAGAAAGAGCAAGCCCGACCGUGAGAGGCGAUGCAGGCGACUCCGUCAAGAGCGCAAUCUCCUAUCUCUACACCAGGGAUCGCAGAGACAACCCUAUGCUGCCCCAGAGCGGUUACCUAAUCAAGUCCGCCACCGAGAUUGCUGGCUGGGGAUCGCUGGGCGGAGAUGUGGCUUUUGCCAAGAACGAGAUGGAGUUUGGCGGUGCUGUACCUGUCCCGGUCCCCGGCGUCGAUGGGUUUUCCGGCGUAUCAGUCGGCGCCGGUUUCCGUGCAGGCCUGCUUUACCCUCUGCCACUUGGCUGGGGCUUGGACGGCGCAAAGGCAAGUCGCGUCAACGAUCGGUUCAGCUUAGGCGGCCCGACAGAUGUUCGUGGUUUCACCCUCGGUGGUCUCGGUCCCAGGGAUGGCGGCGACGCACUCGGUGGCGAUGUCUUCGCGGCAGGAAGCGUAAACGUGCUAGUCCCCCUCCCCAGAGUCGGUCCUGACAGUCCAUUCCGACUUCAGUUGUUCGCCAAUGGUGGCCGCUCAGUAGCCCUACAAAACAAAGCCAAAGGCAGAGAAGACCCGCUCACCAAAGCCCUCAGCUCGAGACAAGUAUGGGAUGGUGUGUUUGGGGCCACGAAAGACUUGGCUACCGGGCUGCCCAGCUUAGCGGUAGGUCUUGGUCUCGUUUAUGCUCACCCGGUAGCACGCUUCGAGCUGAAUUUUAGUCUACCUUUGGUGGUCAGACGAGAAGAAGAGAAGCGCAAGGGUUUGAGCAUCGGAGUUGGCAUCAACUUCUUGUAGAAAAAGAGCAGGUCCGUGUAGACAGCGCGUCCUCUUCUGUGUAUAUUGCCUUUACUAUUUUCCGUAGAUACUUGAAUAUCCCAACACUCUGAGUCCCCGGAUCGUUUGGCUACACUAAUACCGAAACCUGACUGUUCUUUAUGGGGAAGUCCUUGCCGUCCGUAGCACUCUUUUCUGUUUCUGUUU